UGGCAAAUGGCAUAGGAUUCCCAAGCACUUUUAAACAAACACUCCCACAUUUCUUUUUUUUUUUUUUUUUUUAAUUUUCUUUUCAAGUUUUUUUUUGUUAUGAUUUCCUCAUGCUUCUACAAAGCCCCAUUCACAAUAAAGCUUCCACUCUUAGCAUGCACCAAAAUCAUGCGCAAAAUGAGCAGACUCACUCUAAUCCAUGUUUUCUUGGCAUGGCUCCUGCUUGCAGCAGCUUCUCAGUACUCUUACUUCACUAUCAGUGUCCAUGCUGUAGAAUCAGUCCAUUUCAGGCUCAGAAAAGGGCAGCAACCUGGCUCAAGGUCGCACAAUGGAGAUGCCUUACCCAGAUGGGUUGAAGAAAAGAAGAUUCACAAGACUCCAUCAGGACCAAACCCUAUGGGAAAUCACCGCCCGCCGUCCAGAAGAUAAACAGAUGGGUGCACUUGUUCUGCUAACAUGAAUAAAACCAUGGGUUGCAGCAUAUUUCGAUAACUAAAAAAGGUCAGAUGUAUCCAUGUAGUUUGCAGAAACUGUUCUUUAAUCUUUAGGGUGUUGUGAUUGUACAACAGUGGAAAUAGUUGGGGGUGUAUUCUAAAAUGCCUUUAUUACUGAGCGAUGACUGUUUGUUUCUCACAGAACCUCCAUUAACUGAAUCUUCAGUACAAUCUUUCAAAAUAUGAUUUGAAAUCCAGCCUAUAAAGGCA